AUGCUCCGCACCUCGCGACGCUCCGCACUUCGCUUCGUGACGGUGAACUCCGAACCCGUGAAAGCUGAUGUGGGAACCUCGGCUAACACACCUGGACAGACACACGCCAGCUCCAGCACCCAGUCGCAUCUCCAUUCUCCAGCUGCUGUAUUCUACAACCCUGUACUACGAAGCUGUAGUAAAUUCCACAUUGCUGACGUGUAUUAUUACUCACCACAUGGCGCAGUGAGUAGGAUCAUGGAGACAAGAGGACAAGCGACGGCAGCGCAGACGCUGGACAAGCUGACGGCGCUAAUCGAAGCUCAACAGGAGCAAGCUAGCGAGGACCGACAUGGCGACGCCACUACCCGCAGCCAGCGCCACGACGCCACGUCAGUCGACCACACGCACAACCGCCACACAAGCUCUCCUGACUCAUCUCUACGUGAAUUCAAGGUAUGGCGUAGUGCGUGGUCCGACUAUGAGGAGCUUCUACAGCUUCAUGACCAGCCGGUGCGGACGCAGUUGGCGCACUUCCGCUCGUGCCUCACCCCUGAGAUGCGUGGGACGUUGGCGCACGCUGUCGGGAUUGCAGAGGACGACAACAACACGCCAGUCGGUGAUAUCCUCGUCCUCGUCCAUGCACACUUCCAAAGGCAGCGCAACGUGACCUUGCGUCGUGUGAAGUUCGAGGAACGCCGCCAGGGUACCGGUGAGUCGUUUGAUGAUUUUUACGUCUCCCUUAAAGAGCUAGCUGACGAUGCUGAGCUCUGUGACGAGUGCUUAGACUCGCGUUUGGUUACUCGCAUCACCUCUGGGGUUGCAAAUCAGUCCCUACGGAGGAAGUUACUGGCCAUUGAUCCACCUCCAGACCUUCCUGAUGUUCUACGACUGUGCCGCAGUGAAGAAUCUGCCAUGAAGACCGAGACUGACCUUGACAAUGCUGGGAACGUUGUAAAACGGAUCUCCACCAACAAGCGCCGCCCUCGGAGUGCUUCACGUGGUCGUCAGAUGGGUGCAACGAGGUGCACAGGCUGUGGAGGUUCACCGCACCCGCAAGGGCGUCUCAAGCAGUGCAAAGCAUGGGGUUUCCCUGCUGACAAAUUGGAUGUUCCAUCUACUCUCCUGGAUUUCUGGAAGAUUCGCGGCGACCUGGCGUCGGAGGAUGGACUAGUGUUGUAUGGAUCACGGCUCGUUGUGCCUUAUUCCCUUAGGCGUCAAGUCCUCUCUCGCUUACACGACUCCCACAGGGGUAUCGAAGCUACGAAGCGUCGGGCUCGUCAAGUUGUCUGGUGGCCCGGUAUCAACAGCGAUAUUACCAGUUGCGUGAAGGCAUGCCAUGCCUGCCAGGAAGUGCUGCCAUCACAACAAAAGGAACCUUUGAUCUCCGACCCACUGCCCUCUCGCCCAUUCGAAGAUGUGUCUGCUGACCUGUUCACACACGCCGGUAAGGAUUACCUCAUUUACGCCGACCGCUUGUCAGGGUGGCCAUGUAUUGCAGAGUAUGGUCGAGAAGCAUCGUCACGCACCACGACGAAACUGCUGUGCCGCAUUUUUCGGGAUGUGGGUGUACCAGUCCGCCUACGCUCAGAUGGAGGACCUCAAUUCACCAGCUCAACGUUCCGAUCUUUUACACAGCGCUGGGGUAUUAACCAUGUUAUGUCUUCCCCAGGAUACCCUCAGUCCAAUGGGCAUGCCGAGGCCUUCGUCAAGAAGGUGAAGUAUCUCAUUGCUAAGGUGUGUGCAACUGACGCCAGCGAUGAGGAGGCUUUUGACAGGGGCUUACUUGAGCUCCGGAACACUCCCCGUCCUGAUGGCCGUUCCCCAGCUCAGGUGCUGUACGGUCACCCUCUCAGGUCUGCCGUGCCCGCACACAGGCGUGCCUUUGCGCCUGAGUGGCAAGUUGCUGCUGAUGAAUGUGAUGCCAGAUGGGCCGCAACGAGGAGAGAGUCGGAGAAGUAUUACAACAAAAACGCCCGAUCCUUGCCACCACUACACAUCGGCGACCAUGUGCGGCUACAGGACCGCGCCACCAAACGUUGGGACAAGAUUGGUGUUGUGGUCGGUGUUGGGAGGCACCGGGACUACCAUGUGAAGCUCCCUAGUGGCAGAGUUUUCUGGAGAAACCGCCGUUUCAUCCGGCCUACUCACUCAUCCCUUAAUGGAUCUUCCUUUCCCUCAGAUAGUGAUCAGGAAGCAAGACCGUGUGUAAGCAAGAAGGUGCGGUUCUCGUUACCGCAGCGUCGCAGCACACGACCACGCCGGAGCCCGGAUCGUCUUGUCCCGUAACAAGCCUGGGAGGAGAUGUGAGGAGUGACGCUCCGAAGUAUGUAUACGUGGAGCUCCAAGGAGUUAUGCUCCGCACCUCGCGACGCUCCGCACUUCGCUUCGUGACGGUGAACUCCGAACCGUGAAAGCUGAUGUGGGAACCUCGGCUAACACACCUGGACAGACACACGCCAGCUCCAGCACCCAGUCGCAUCUCCAGUCUCCAGCUGCUGUAUCCUACAACCCUGUAUUACGAAGCUGUAGUAAAUUCCACAUUAUUGUUACUC